AUGACACUGCAAAGAAUUGCUAAGAGAAUGCUAAACUGUUGUCGGGUCCUUCUUCGGGCUAGAGCAAGAUCACUUGUUUUCUCUGCAUUGGCCUUUGGAGCUACUUUGGUCACUCUUUAUGAAGAUAGUUUUGUCUUUUCAAGUAAUUCUCUACGUUCUUUGAGUUCCAAUGGAGAAACUCCUCGAUUAAUUCGUGGAGCAACUCACGAGACAGAAGCAAGAAUUCUUGAGUCAACGUUCAAGCACUUGCAACUUCGUUCCGUGCAUGAAGAGGUUAUUGAAAUUCAAGAAGUCAAAGUAGACGACGACGAGUACGAGAAUAUAAGACCUCUAGUUCCUCCUAUUAAUGUCACAGAAGAAGAGAGAGUCUCAUGGUUCCGGAAAGUCUUGCCGGAAUUCGAUAUAUUCCAGUCAAACAACUUGACACGGCCAUUUCAUGUUCGCGUGACGGGUUUCUUUGGCCGGAAGAAUAAUUGCUCGGUACAGUUCUUCAUGACGUGGAUCUCGCCGGCGAGGUCGUUCGGGAGGAGAGAGUUCUUGGCCUUGGAGAGCCUCUUCAAGUCAAACCCAUAUGGUUGUUUAGUGAUCAUAUCAAGAACCAUGGAUUCCAAACUAGGGUUUAAGAAAUUCAAGCCCGUUCUUGGUCACGGCUUCAAGGUGAUUGCAGUAACUCCGGAUUUGCCCUUCUUGUUCAAAAACACACCGGCCAAGGCCUGGUUCGACGAAAUGAAGGCCGGAACGAAGGAUCCGGGUGAGAUUCCAUUAGCUCAAAAUCUCUCGAACUUGAUAAGAAUUGCCAUCUUGUUCAAAUACGGUGGUGUGUAUCUAGAUACUGACGUCAUAGUACUGAAGGACUUUGCGGGGUUGCGAAACUCGAUCGGUGCUCAAAGUGUGGAUGCGGUAUCGAGGAGAUGGACAAGAUUAAACAAUGCGGUGAUGGUGUUUGACAAGAACCACCCGCUCUUGCUUAAGUUCAUGAUGGAGUUCGCCUCGACCUUCGACGGUAACAAAUGGGGACACAAUGGACCUUAUUUGGUGUCUAGAGUGGUUGAGAAAGUCAAUGGGAAAGGGGGCUUCGAAUUUAAGGUUUUGCCGCCGAUGGCUUUUUAUCCGGUGGAUUGGACGAGGAUCGGAGGUCUGUUCAGGUGGCCGCAGACUCGGGCCGAAGCGAAAUGGGUGGAGGCGAAGAUAACGCAGUUAAGUGGGGGGACAUAUGGGGUGCAUCUAUGGAAUAAGCAAAGUAGGCGAUUGAAGAUUGAAGAGGGAAGUGUCAUAGGAAGAUUGAUCGAAGAUCAUUGUGUUAUUUGUGAAAAGAUAUACGAUUAA